AUGGUUAAACGGAUCUCCAACGAGGGCGAAGAUGGCGCCACUGCCUACCGGAAGCGUCAAAAGGUCGUCCAUGAGGCCCCCACAAGUGAGGAGGUUUACUCGGCCGACCAAUUGCGCAAUCUCCUCACCUUCGACCAAGACUUGCGCAACGCGAGACAUGGGCUUCAAUCCUUCAAGGGCCUCCUCGACAAGAUAGUCUCCGACGAUGGAGAUCGAAGAACGAACAUGGAAAUUCUGCAACAGUACCUCGAAGCAGUCAAGCCCAGGGACACCUCGGAAGAUGCUGUCUUCCUCACCGACAUCAUGGAGAUGUGGUCCUUUGCCGCGCAGGUCGGAAACGAGGGAGUCAUGUCAGCGGUUGCCGUCGUCCUAGCCUUGAUUCUCCAGGCCGUCUCGGGGUCGCUUCACCUCGUCCGUCAUGGACUCGGAAUCUGCCAGACCAUCAUCCAGGAACGUCAACUCAAGUCGCUUUCCAAGAACCUUUCUUCGGACAAGAACAAGGGUUUCAUUCUUUCGCCUACCUUGCGCAUGCUGCGUGAGGCUGUAUGCCUCGAUGGCGGUGCCUAUGCCAAGCGAAUCUUCCGAGCCCGAAAUUUCACAUUGACGUCCCUUGGAAGAAACUUGGAAAUCGGGCAUGUAGGAGAUGGCCCAGAGGAGGUGCGAAAAGCGUCGGUGAGAACCAACGCGGUUCGUUUCUUCUUGAGCCUCCUAAAGUACCUUCAUUCAGACGGCAGAAAGGAGCUUUUGACACAAAAGGAGCUCUUGUCCCAUCUGACUUUUAUGCUCAAGAGUGAUCCUCCUCAUCUGGUCAUGGAGAUCCUGGAGUCCUUGAAAGCCCAUGUGUUGAUGGACGACAAGGUCCCCCGAGAGGUCAAGUUCAGGAGCUUUAACACCAAGACUCUCAUGCGAAUUUUGGCCCUACACACCUACUCUGGUGACAGCGAUGCCGCAGAUGAAGCCUCUACCGUGAGCUACAAGGCCCACAGGUUCCUCAUAUAUGUGUGCACCAACCCUAGCGCAGGCGUGCUCUAUCCUUCCACGGGCCUGUAUCCCAAGGAGUCAGAUGAUGAACCUGCUGGACAAAACGCAUCUGGUGGCGCGGACGGUGCCUUCUUGACAGACAAGUACAAGGACGAUGUCCCCGUCUACAACUUUGUCCUAGCUGAGUUUGCUCAAAAGCUUCGCCCUUGGUCUAGCUUGAAGCACAGCGAGCUGCUGGUGGCCAUCUUUACUGCUGCUCCCGAACUCACCUACAAGUACUUCCUCAACAAUCGAUCUUUCACUUUCGAACCGAAACUCUCCAUGACUUGGAUCGGCUAUGCCGCAUUCUUGUUCAACACUAUGAGAAUUCCUCUCCCGACCCGCUUUGGAGACCGGGUACGCUCUGCCAAAGCCCCCCCUCCUACCUCGAUCCUCCUUGACAACCUCAUUCCGCUGCCCAUCAACCAAAAGGUCCUCAUCCGGUGCCUGUCUACCAAGUCCCACCUCACAUCAUUCUUUGCUACAAGAAUCCUCAUCGUGGCUCUUGAGAAACUGACUGAGGCUCUAAAAAUGCAUGACGAAGCAUCAAAGUCUAAGAGCAACAACUGGACUGAGGCUCGUCGACGGCUGAUAGAUGCUUUUUGUCAACGAAUUCCCGACAUGAAGGAGAUUGUUCGAUCGUACAAGGGUAUUCCCGCGGAGAGCAUCCUUCACAGAACCAUGGCCAGCCGCUUGCUGCGCCUUUAUUACGAAGUCAUCCCCCAAGUGGCUCUUGCUGCCAACUUUGACGUCUCCCCUUUCUUUACAGAAGUUCUCAACAAACUCAACCAGGAAACCGAAAAGCCUGAGGAUGAAUCACUGCUUGUCAUGGAGCUGGAGAACUUGGUGUCCAUCGCUAGCUACUCUCCUGGUAUGCGAUGGUUCUCGAAGAUCGAUAACCUCGUCGAUGGAGCAGCGGCUUCCCCUUACACAGCUCUUGUGCGGAUAUUAUCUGGAAAGAACCGAGAGCUCCCAUUCCAUCAACUCAAGCAAGUCCUCGGCGCAGUCGCUGUAGAGAACCAGUUGGUUACGAAAGCGGCUUUGCUCACACCUUUGUACGAGGCACUUCAGAGCACGAUGUCCGAGGUGAAGGCCAGCCAUAUGGAAAAGAUUUGGUCAUUUGUGGACAACUGCAUCAACCGCUGCGCUUCCUCUCCAAUCAAGUAUCUUGACUUGAUGGAGACGUACCUGAAGGAAGGGGGUGUAGCUUCUUCGAGGGGCGCAGCCACCUUGCUUAACGUGACAAUGGUUGAGCAACUGUCUUACUUCUUGGCCUCAGCUAAGCCCGACGAGCAAGCUUCUCUUGCAAAAUUCCUAUCCAUCUACUUCAACGCGUCAUACAGCCUGAAGCAUGCGAAGCCAGUCACCAAGGCUUUAUACAAGCGGGUGACCGAGCAAUUUCCUAAGACAGUCAAGUUGAAGAGUCUCAGGAAAGCGGACAAGUCUGAUAUUGCAAGCGAAGACGAUGAAAUGGCUGAUGCAGAGGACGGCGUUGGCAAGAAUAACAAGGAAGGCUCGACAUUGGAUCUCUCCAAAUUGGAAGAGAUGCUGCAUGUACCGUACCCGGAGAAAGAGGACAACGCCGCUUUGGUCAAGUGGACAACCAAAAACGUCGAGGACUUGGUAGAAGAUGGUUGGGCAGCAGCUUUGAUCCGACUUCUUUUGUCGACUCACAUCAGCAUCCGAAAGGAGGCCUUCACCAACAUUCUCAAGAUGGCCGCCAAGAUCAAGGAGUCGUCGUAUGAGGAAAAGGACCAGGUCUGGCUUUUGCUCUGCGAGCUGGCUGAAUCCUCCAGGUCCCAGGUUGACAUUGGCCUCGUACCCUCAGCCUUCCCGGCGUUCGCGAUCCACGCCUUGGACGUGCUCAAGAACCCUCUGCACCCGCUCUACUCCAAGAUCAACUCCUUCCUCACCCGCAGCCCCAUGUGGUCCCUCGAGAAGCUACCCAUGGCCCAUGAUAUCCUCCACGGCGAGCCCUCUGAGGACGACAAGUACUACACCGAGAUUACCUGGCUGCUCGUCUACCUCCUCGACAGCCUCCGGGCCCCCUUUGACCUCGGCGUCUUCCACAAGAAGCGCUGGUUUGAGAAGAUCCUCGUCCUCGGUGGAAACCCGUACCUGCGUCUCAACCUGCGCACCCGCGUACUGAGACUGCUCUAUCGUGCCACUUGCAUCGAAGGCGGCAGCACGACGCUCAUCACCCGCUUUGGCAUCCUCAGCUGGCUCGAUGCCCAACGCGCUGCGUGUGAGGCCGCCGACGAAGCCGAUGUCGUCAGCGCCUUGAUGAGGAGGGUUUGGGAGACGUGCGAUCAGGAGAAGGUUACGGCGUGGAGCAAGGGCGGUGUGAAAAAGCUACUAGCGAAUUUGGCAUAG